AUGUCUCCCAAGCAGAACCAAAAAUUUGCCCUCGUCACAGGAUGUGGCCAAGGCGGAAUCGGCGAGGCUCUCGUGACAGAGUACAAGCGCCGCGGCCUCCACGCCAUCGCGACCGUGUUGCCCCACGAGUCGAGCGAGCACCUGGCCAAGGCCGGCAUCACAUUCUUUCCCCUCGAUGUGACUCAGGAGAUGUCCGUCUUGGAGCUGAAGGCUAGCGUGCAGGAGCUCACCGGCGGGCGGCUCGAUAUCCUAGUGAACUGCGCUGGAAUAGCCUACACAAUGACGGCUGUCGACACCGAUGUCGUUGCAGUGCAGCGCAUGUUCGAUAUCAACGUGUUUGGUCCUAUGCGCAUGGUCCGCCAUUUUCAUGAUUUCAUCAUCCUCGCCAGGGGCGUUAUCGUGAACAUUGGUUCUAUUGGAGGUAUCAUACCAUAUCUAUAUGGGGCUUCGUACAAUGCCACCAAGGCAGCUCUUCAUCAUUGGGGGAAUACGCUGCGUGUUGAGAUGGCGCCGUUUGAUGUCAGAGUCAUCACCAUCAUUUCCGGGGAGGUCAGCACCAACAUCCUGAAAAACGAUGCUCAUAGGGAACUUCCGAAUGGAUCAUAUUACGCCCCCUUAGCCGAGGAAUUCAAGCAGCACGUAAAGCGAACCCCCCGAGCAACCGAUCGAUUUAAGUAUGCCGCCAAUGUCGUCGCGACGAGUCUAUCAUCAUCACCGCCGGCAUGGUUCUGGUACGGUAGCUACACGGGCACGUUCCGCUUCUGGGACACCUUUGGCUCCCGCACAGCUUGGGACUCUUCGUUGUUCAAGUGGUUCAACUUGGCCAAAUUAAAGAAAGCUCAUGAGGCUUCGACAAAGAAGAAUUAG